AUGGAUGCGUUCGUCUCUAGGAAAAAGCCUCGGCUAGGGUCCAGCACCGCCAGCAGUAAACAUGGAGACCGUCAGGAGACACCUGAAGAGGACUCGACCGACGUCAAAUUGGCCAUUCUGCUCUCUCUACAUCCUGAUAUUCCCCAAGAAAGACUACUGGAUGUCCUUGUCUCAUGUGAUGGGUCUAUCGAGGCUGCAUCCUCGACCCUGUUAUCACUGCCGUCACCGUCAAAGAAGUUGAAACGUCCAGCCGGAGUACAAAUGUCUCUCUCAUCACACUAUAUGCCGAUCAAAAAGGAAGAAAAAGGAGAAGGAGAAGAAGACGAAGAAAAGAAGAUGCUUCCUACGAGAAAAGGCAAAACGCUCCAUCUCUACUCACCCGAAGACAUCGCCACCCACACCCCCUGCACGAUCAUCCACAACUUCCUCCCCGCCAGUGAAGCCAAUAACCUGCUCGAGGAGCUGCUAGGCGAAUCGCCAACCUUCACGCGCUACCAGUUCCAACUCUUCAACCGCACCGUGCAGUCCUCGCACACCUCGAGCCUGUACGUCUCCACGCCGGAGGACGAGCAAAGGCAGACAGCCGAGUACACGUACGGCGGCACCUACCGGACCGACGUGCGACAGGUUCUACCCACGAUGCGCGCCGUGUCCGCUUCAGUCCAACAGGCCGUCAACAGGGAGAUCCAAACUCGCAUCCGAACCCGGUACCCAGGCGGGAAGAAGCUCCAGUUCCAGGCUGCGCGCGAAUGGACUCCCAACGCCGCCUUUGUCAACUGCUACGCCGGCCCAGCAGAGCAUGUCGGCUUCCACUCCGAUGAUCUUACCUAUCUCGGUCCCCGGCCCGUCAUCGGUAGCCUCAGUUUGGGUGUGGAGCGUGAGUUUCGCAUCCGCAGGAUCAUUCCCAAAGAAAAUACCCACGCUAUCACUUCUACUUCUACUUCUAGUAGUGAAGGACAAAUCGCUAUUCAUCUCCCCCACAACUCCCUCCUAGUCAUGCACGCCGAAAUGCAGGAGGAAUGGAAACACGCCAUCGCCCCGGCCCAGACCGUCAGUCCACAUCCUCUCGCGGGCAACAUCCGAAUCAACAUCACGUAUCGCUGGUACCGCGACUCGCUUCACCCGCGAUUCACCCCGCGCUGCCGCUGUGGCGUGCAUACCAUCCUGCGGUGUGUCCAGCGCAAAAUGGAGACCAGGGGCCGUUACAUGUGGAUGUGCCAUGCGGGCUACCUGCCGGGUAAACAGGGCUGUUCCUUCUUCCAAUGGGCGCACUUUGAUGACGACGGCGAUCCUAUCUGGAGUCGAAAGGCCAACGGAACUGGAGGUCCUACUCUAAGUGACUUUGUCGACUCGGGCACGAAACCUGCUACCUGA